AUGGUUAUCACUCGUAGUCAAAAUUCGGUUGCUGCAUCAACAGCAGCAGUUUUAAAGUGUACAUGUAAAAUAAACAAACAACCAAAAUCAUCAACGCGUAGUCGUCCAGUUAAUAAAACGUCAAAAAGAGCACCAUCACCAUCACCUUCACCUUCUAAUCCUAUUCAUCGAUCUCGUUCAAAAUUAUCUAAGAAAAUCUUAGGUAAUAAUAAUGUCAAUUCAAGCAAAAAAAUAAUCAAGAUCAUGGAUUUCAAAUCUGAUGUUAACAAUGAUCGUGAAAUAUUUAAUGAGAAGAGAAUUUCAAUUGAGAAGAUCUCUAUUGAUAUUGAUACAAAAUCAGUCAAGAAUAAGUUGAGAACAUCAACAGAAAUACCGAACGAUUAUCCAGAUUUAUUGACAAGCAACAAUAAUGAACAACUCGAUUUCCCUUUUCCAUCAUCUUCUUACUACAGAUAUUCAGUACAAUCGGAUCGAUGUUCAUUUUUUGGUGUUGAUUGGAGUGAUAAAGCUCAUCCAAAAUCCCAUUGUUGGCUUCCCAAUUGUUCGAUGGAUUCUUCACCUAUUCCCAGAUGUGCGCAAAACUUAAAUCCAAAACUUAUUAAAACUUGCCGUGGUCUGAGAUGUCUAUGGUGUUCAGAAGAGUGUCAUCGACAAUGCUGGCAAAGUAUCAACGACAAUGAUGAUGAUAACAAAUGUGAUUAUGGAAAGUAUAAGAAUAUCAUUGUUCGUCCACAGUGGUUACAUCGUGUAGCAAACUCUCCCGUAGGUUUUCAAGCACGAUUUCCAGAUAACAUCGAUGCGAGCAAUUCAUCAUUAACUCCUUUAAUUGUCUUUAUAAAUGAACUUUCAGGUGGUCAAAAAGGAAAGAUUAUAUAUCAUAAACUUUUACGUUUAUUAAAUCCACGUCAAAUUUUUCUCCUCGAAAACAAUACAACUGUAAUGCAAGCUUUGGAUAUAUAUUCAUCUCUUCGUAAUACUCGUAUUUUGCUUUGUGGUGGCGAUGGAACAGUCGGAUGGAUACUGAGCACUUUAGCAAAUAGAUUUUCAUCACUUGAUAAUCCUCCAGUAGGUAUUUGUCCUAUGGGUACAGGAAACGAUUUAUCACGUGUAUUGGGCUGGGGUUGGUCUUACAAUAUGAAACAACUAUUAACCACACUCUUACACAUUUCUAAUGCUAAACCCAUUAUACUCGAUCGUUGGCAAGUUGAUUUUGAACCAUUAACAAGAAUUGAUUCUAUCGAAGAGAUUGGAUGUAUUCGUCGAUGUUUAUCACGUAUUCUCGAUCCUCCAAAGUUUGUUCGUGAAACUGAUCGACCAUCUUAUCAAAAUUAUCAAAAACCUCUCAAUGUUCGAUUUACUAAUUACAUUAGUUUUGGAUUAGACGCAGCUGUUGUGUUGGAUUUUCAUAAUAAACGAAUGCAAAAUCCAUCGAAAUUUACAUCACCAAUGAAAAAUAAACUUAUGUAUCUCAAUAUUGGUAGACAAUAUUUCAGAGAAUUUGCUUUAUGGAGAGCAUGGAAUUUAAGAUCAUAUAUGAGAAUUAUUUGUGAUGGUCAAGAUAUGACAAAUUCAUUACGUCAUUGUCAUACUGUUGUUUUCUUAAAUAUUCCAAGUUAUGGAUCAGGUACUCAUCCUUGGAGUAGAACAUAUCAAAAUAGUACAUCGAUAUCAAACAAUAUUCAAAAUCAAAUCAAUUCGAAUACAUUUCCCGAUAUAGAUCCACCUGAUUUCAGCUAUUACAAUCGUAAAUUUGCAAGCGAAGAUAUAUCCAAUACCAUUGAAUCAUCUAAAGCGUCUGUUACUAACGAUCAGAUCGGAAGACAGAGUAUUGAUGAUCACAAAAUUGAAGUGAUUGGAUUAGACUCGAUACAGAUGGCUUUGAUUCAUAUUGGUUUUCGAGGUCGUCGCAUUGCUCAAUGCAGUCAAGCACGAAUUGAACUCAUUCGUUCAAUGCCUGUACAUAUGGAUGGUGAUCCAUUCUAUCUUCCUCAAUCUACUGCAAUCAAUGUUACUCACGCAGGACAAGUUUUAGUUUUGACAAACGACAACAAAUAG